CAGCGUUCCGCUAAUAUGGCGAUGUCAAAUUAUGACCAAAAUUUGCUAUACGGCAAGCGGUCUUUCAAAUACGGCGCCCCCACCCGGUGUGGCAAAAUGGCAGAGGAGCUUCUCUCCUUAAAGUGGAAUAACCACCAGGCACACUUUGUGGACAUCCUCACAUUCCUGCGGGAACAGGAAAUUUUUGUGGAUGCCACACUGGCCUGUGGUGGGAAGCUUUAUGCAGCACAUAAAUUUGUUCUCAGUACCUGUAGUGACUAUUUCAAGCAGAUGUUUACUAAAAAUCCUAGCAAACAUCCAAUAGUGUUUAUGAAAGAUGUGACAUCGCGUGAUCUCGAAGCCCUUUUGGACUUCAUGUAUAAUGGUGAAGUGAAUGUUCCUCAGUCUAGUCUAGGAUCUCUAAUAAAAACAGCAGAAGGACUACAGAUAAAAGGUUUAGCAGUGCCUGAUGAUCCGCCUGCUCCGAAAAGAGAAAGAGAUAGAGAAAGAGAAAAACGUGAAAGUAAAACGCAACUUGAACACCUUAGUCCCCCUGCCAAGAGACCAAGACCAAGAGAACGAUCUCCUCCCCAUUCAUCUCCAUCCCAACCUCCGGUUUCACAUCCAUUAACGUCACACAUCCCAACCACACCUUCAGUAUCCAGAUCUCGGUCCCCAUUACCCCCAGCCCCUUCUGUUGGUGCUUCUCAAGUUGGUAUGCCCCCAGUGGAAGCAACUUUAGAUGAAGACAGUAGAACAAGUGUUCAGAGUGGUGUCAGUGGACUCAGUGAGCAAAAUUCAAGCACAACACCUAGUCUAAGUUCUAAACAAGGCAGCAGUCAAGCUCAAGUUAACACUGGUGAAACCACCUCGCACACAGACCAAUUAAACCCCAGUCAUACUGGAGAAGAACCCUCCCCAGGACCCUCAGGGAUCCAUAAACCACAGCAGUCAAAAGAGGAACCUGAAUUUGAAAUAAAACAAGAGGAUGUGGUAGACCUAGGUGAAGAUGAAGAAGGGGAUUGGGGGGUAGAAGGGGAUGGGGGAGGGGGAGACUCCUCAAUGGGGUCAGAAAACCCCCCCAAUUUCCCUGAAGUAAUGUUACCCCACACAGAUGGCACCAUGCCUCCAACCGGAGAUCCAGCAAUGAGUGCUGGGGACUCUCUUCUUGGCACGUGGCGUAACAUGAAGCAAGAUCCGGAUUUGGCUCCUCGAACUAUCCUCGGGCUAGGCUCCCACUUGUCCUCAAACUUAAUGAGGGCGGAUACCACAACAUCUGCUGCAGGAGGCAUGUACCAUGCUCUGGUGGAUGCUACAGGUUCCUGCGUUACAGGAAGUCGCACUGAUGCGAAGUCCCACGUGUCUUCAAACCCUGGCGGCGCAAGUGCUCGAAGUGAUUUCAAGGCAUCAAUUAACCCCCAUGCAGCAGCUGCUAUUGGAUUGGAUGAUACUGUUGAACGCCCCUAUCCUUGCCAUUUUUGCGACUCCCGUUUCAAAAAAAAACAGCAUCUUCAAAACCAUGAGCGAAUACACACAGGGGAGAAGUAUGUUUGCACUCUGUGUGGCCAAGCAUUCAGUCGGAUGCAUAUACUGAAGCAUCAUCUUGAAAGAAAACAUGUAGAUCCAUCCAAUCCAGACUAUCAUCUAGACCCAUAAAUUUAUCUAGACAUUUCUGCUUGCAAAAAUUUGUCUUGACAUGAAAUUUUGGUAGCUAGUUUUGUAGUUAUAUUUCUUCUGAAGAACAAGUUAGUUAUCUACAGUGUAUCAGAUGUACAGGAAGUUUUAUUGUGCACGCCUCCUUUGUCUUAACUUAAGCAAGACAUGAUACGUAUGAAGAAGAGUUGCAUUUGUUUGUGAAUAGCUUAAUAUUUGCAAAAUAAUAUAAAGUACUGUAUUAGCAUAAUUCAUGUUGAGCGUGUUGAAAUUUUAUAAAUAAAAUGUACUAAGAAUUACUUACAAUUAAUGAUCCUGAUACUAAGACAUUGAUGUGAUUGUGGAACGUCAUGCAUAUUUUCAUGUACUGUUUAUGUAGUGUACAAAAGUUUGAGAGAAUUACAAGCUGCCUUACAUUAAUGAGGCUUUCUACUUCAAAAAAUAUACAUCAGUCAUCUUUUUUGUGUUGCUAUUUCUGCACAAAAAAAUAAGUUGGUAAAUGUAAAUGAUAGCAUAUAAAUUCUAUUCUUUCCUGUAGUAAAAUGGACAUUUUUGUUUGUUUUUUUCCUGGUUACUACUGGAAUUAUACACAUUUAGUAAAUAUAGCAACAUUUAUUGAAGGGAUUCAUAGAAACUGGUUAGCUGGACUGGAGUUCUGAAGGUGGGAAAGGCAGUGGUUGUUCAUUGAAGAAAGUGUGGGGAUGUUGCAGUUGAGAUGGUUUUCUGAAUAUUAAUGUCAGUAUACACUUGGUAAGACAGCAAUGGAAUGAAUAAUGGUAAAUGUGUUUGCUUGGAAAUGCAUGUGUGUGUGUGCAUGCGCACAUGCAUACACAUACACGUUUAUAUAGUAAAUUCUUGACUUAAUAACUUCGAAAAUAUGGGACAAAAUGUGUUUAGGUCAUCCGAUUCAUAUAUAAUGGAAAAAGUCCAUUGAUAUUUUACUGGAUGACUGUUACAGGCCAUCCCUGCUAAAACAAGUACAUACUGAAGGUGAUGCUUUUGAGAAAGUAAUAUGUUAAAUGUUUAGCGAGACUAUACAAGAGAUGUACAGAAAACUACUGACUCUGGCUUUGGCUCCCAGUCAUAUUAUGAGAUCACAGAUUUCUAUAUCUAACUCUUCAGUGUAUAUCUAUCUGAAUUGUCGAUGUAAAUAUUUUGUGUGAAUUAUGUAUGAGGAGUUGACAAUGUUGUGUUCAAUGGAAGAGAAAGUAAUUAGUCUGUUAUGCCUUGGCUGAACCGAAGCAAGAGUUAGUAGGGAAAUAGGAUGCCUCCAUGUGUGUCAAAUUUAACUCCUAUGUUGAUAAUAUAGCAGGGGCAGUUGCUGGCAGGAGGCUUGACUCUACAUCUCAUUACUUAUCUUGAACAAACGAGGGAGAGAGAAGGAGUAAGAUGACAGAGCUGCAGAGUACUUAUGUAAAGAAACCAUCUGGUUAUUGUUGAUACAUGUUCAUACAAACACCUUACAUUGUGUAGAAGUUGUCUCAACUGUGGUACAGUAGAAUAAAUAAAGAUCAACACUUUCAUUCUCAUGUAAUUUUUAGAAGGAAUGAUGCUCUAACAAAUUAUUAUUAUUAUUAUUACAAAUUAUUAUUAUUACAAAUUAUUAUUAUUACAAGUUGUAAUUAUUACAAGUUGUUAUUAUUACAAGUUAUUAUCAUCAUAAAAAAGAAGUGCUAAACCCACAAGGGUCAUGAAUAGCUAUAGAUAGAGUGAAGGCAUAUGAAAGGAAUAAAUUUCUAGUUAAGUUAUUGGUGUUUGACUAGAGAAUUAUGUCAAUUUUUAUACUGUGGGUGUAUGUAACAUGUUUAUAUGUUAUGUAGUGUGUUUAUUAUAUAAUUUUGAAAAAAUAUCAUAGAUGGAUUAAUGGAAAUGUCUAUAUUAACAUAAUAUAUGACAUAUAAUGUGCCCAAGAGAUUACAUGGCAUCAAGAGUAGAGAGACCCUUAAUGAUUUUAAUGUGUACCUGCACGCUAGCGCAGUGUGUCAAUAUAUUUAGGUACAGGUACAGGUCCUCCAUCACAAAUCCGGCAUCAUUGGGACCUGUAGUGUGCCGGAUUACUGAGUUUGCCGAAUUACAGAGUGGUUAGGUUAGAAUACACUUAAUAAAAUUAACUAACUUGACUUACACAGUUCAUUGAACAUCGGCAAAAAUCGAACAUUUCCACUACUUUGAGCUCAAUUUCAAGGUACUUUUCGUCAUGAAAGCAAUCAAAAUCAUGUCUAUUUCUGUAAUAUAUCUUCCAUUCUAUCAAAUGAGAAUACAACCAUAAAAACCUUACGAAAAUAUACUGCAAAGAGGCGGCAAAUGGCUGAGAAGUGAACUCCCUUAUUUAUCGUCCGUCUUUUUUAUUUUUGUUUUACUUUAAGAAGCAUCUUUCCAUCAUACAUUGCCCAAGUUUCAAUGAGAUAGCCCAACAAACAACCGAGAAAAAAAAAAUAUUUACCAAAAAUCAUAUAUGGCAAGCCCAAGCCAGGUACUGGAAAUAAGUCACUUUGUCUGACUUUUCUGGGUUAUCCUAGGCUCUCUAUACAUACACUGCUUUGUAUGAUAAUCUAUGUAACUGUAUUUGUGUAUACCUGAAUAAACUUAUUUACUUCUAGUCUGUCAACUGAGUACAAGAAACCGCACAUUCACUUAUUUCAACUACCCAAUAAAGUGGUCAGAAAUUGGCAAUUUGGCCGAUUUCACACAAAUUUCAACAGAUGCCAAUUUCAAAAUAGGGUCCAGAAUAAACAGUGCAGACAUUCCUGGCACUAAAAUAACAUUUUCUCUGUUGUAGAUGAAUGGUUCCAUGAACCGACACGUUGUUAAAUUAGACACACGUGCAACUCUUGGGUAUCUUUAUUGAGGAAAUGUUUCGCCACACAGUGGCUUCGUCAGUCCAUACAAAGGAUAAACUUGAAGAACAGGAGGAGAAUGAGGUAAUCAGUCCCUCAACCUUGAGUCGAUGUGGUCAGUCCAUCAAUCUUGAAUAGAAUACGGCAUAUGAGCGGAGAAACGGCUUAUAAACCGUUUGGUUAAUACUUUGGAAUUCUUCACUUGCCUCACCCUUGGGCAUGACCUACUUCCACAUUGGACAAAUGUGACACCACCUACCACUGCUGCACCUCUCCUGCCAAACAGUUUAUAAGCUGCUUCUCCGCUCAUAAGCCGUAUUCUAUUCAAGAUUGAUGGACUGACCACAUCGACUCAAGGUUGAGGGACUGAUUACCUCAUUCUCCUCCUGUUCUUCAAGUUUAUCCUUUGUAUGGACUGAUGAAGCCACUGUGUGGCAAAACGUUUCCUCAUUUUCUCUGUUCAUUAGUCACGUCUCCAGGGCCCUCUUAUAUUACUCUUGCUUACCAUUUGGAAUUUUUAUUCACAAAAAAAUAGAAGAUUUACUGUUAUGCAGACUUCUGCAUUAUUGUAAUAAUUGUAUAAAUAAUGUCAAUCCAUUCUUGACUCCGUACUGGAAUUUAGACUGGCAGGCGAACAGGUAUUGGACGGUGACGUCAUUUGUUUACUCUUGAGCUUUGCUAAAGAAUAGAACAUGUUUGCUACUGUGAGCACAAUUUCAAGGUACUUUUCGUCAUGAAAGCAAUCAAAAUCAUAUCUAAUUUCUGUAAUAUAUCUUUCAUUCUAUCAAAUGAGACCGAAAAAUUGAGAAUAUAACCAUAACAACCAUACAAAAAUAUACCGCUAAGCGGCCGCUAAUGGCUGAGAAGUGAACUCCGCUAUUUAUGGUGUGAUUUCUUUCAUAUUUGGUGUACGUGAAGAAGUAUCUUUCCAUCUUACAUUGCCCAAGUUUGAAUAAGAUAACCCAACAAACAACUGAGAAAAUAAUAAUUAUAUAAUAAUAAUAAUAAUAAUAUCUUUAUUUACUACACGUACAUGUACGAGGUAUACAGGCCUAGCUGACAUCAGUGACAUACUACUGUAUAGAAAGGCACUUGUUAUGCUGAGUAUUUCAAGAAAAUUAGGUCAGUGUCCCAGGAUAACACCCACACUAGUCGGCUAACACCAAGGUAUCCAUUUAUUGAUGGUUAAACAUAGACAACAGGUGUAAAGAAACACGCCUAAUGUUUCUACCCUGGCUGGGAAUCAAAUAUUUACCAAAAAUCAUAUAUGGCUAACCCAAGCCAGGUACUAAAAAUAAGCCACGUUGACUUUUUUGGGGUUAUCCUAGGUUCUCUACACAUAU